AUGCCUCGAGGUCAGAAGAGUAAGCUCCGAGCCCGUGAAAAACGCCGCCAGACCCGAGGUGAGACCAAAGGUCAAGGGGAUCCUCAGGCUACUGCAGUGGAGGAAAAAGCCUCCCCCUCCUCUGCCUCUCCUCUUUUGGGAGACAGAUCCCAGAAUUUGCCUACUACUGGUACACGAAGCCCUCCAAAGUCUCCUCAGAGAGCUGCAAGUGUUUCAUGCGCAGAUUCAGAUAAAGGUGCCACUGGCCAAAAUGAGGAAGGUCCAAGCUCCUCACAGGCCAGUGAGAGCUCAUGCGAAGAUCCAUUAAACAAAAAGGUGGUAUUGCUGGUGCAGUUCUUACUUCGCAAGUAUCACGACAAAGAGCCAAUCACAAGGGCAGAGAUGCUGAAGUCUGUUGUCAAAAAGUACAGAUGUCACUUCCCUGAGAUCCUCAAGAGAGCUGCUGAGCACAUGGAGCUGGCCCUUGGUGUUGACCUGAAGGAAGUGGAUCCCAUCAGGCACUGCUAUGCCUUUGUCAGCAAAUUGGAUUUCACCGCAGAUGACAUGGUUAUCGAUGAAGAAAACGUGCCCAAGACCGGCCUCCUGAUGAUUGUGCUGGGUGUGAUCUUCACAAAGGGCAACUGCGCCACUGAGGAGGAGGUCUGGGAAGUGCUGAAUAUGAUGGGGGUAUAUGCUGACAGGCAGCACUUCCUCUAUGGAGAGCCCAAGAAAGUCAUCACCCAAGAGUUGGUGCAGAUGAAGUACCUGGAGUACCGGCAGGUGCCCAACAGUGAUCCUCCACGCUACGAAUUCCUGUGGGGUCCCAGAGCCCAUGCUGAAACCAGCAAGAUGAAAGUCCUGGAAUUUUUGGCCAAGGUCAACGAUACUACGCCCAGUGCCUUCCCAUCCUGGUAUGAAGAGGCUCUGAAAGAUGAGGAAGAGAGAGCUCGAGCCAGAAUCGAAGCCAGGGCUCGCAGUAGUGCCAAGGCCAGUGCACGGUCCAAGGCCAUGCCCUCCUGCCCCAAGUGA